AUGGAACUCUCAAAAGUACACCUCGUCUCUGUCUUCACGGCCUCCGACAGCCCGGAAACUGGCGGGAACUUGCUGCCGGUGGUACUCGAUGCGUCGGCUUUGUCCGAAGAAGACAUGCGCGGAAUAGCGCGAGAGUAUGGACAUGAGGCCUCCUUCCUUAUCCCGCUUUCAGAGGCAUCCUCUGUGUCACAGAAGGCGGACUACCAACUGAGGUUCUUCGUCCCCGAGCACGAAAUGGAAAUGUGCGGGCAUGCAACCGUGGGAACCACGUGGCUGUUGGGAGAGCUGGGUAUUCUCCGCGAUGACCAAAAUGAAGUUUGCUACUCAACCAUAUCGGGCCUUGUCCGAGCUCGUCGGCGUAAACAAGAAGGAAAGAUUCUUGUGGAGGUAUCGCAGCCACGGGGUUGGGUCAGACCCGUUCAAGACGAGGGCCUGAGCAAAGAAAUAGCAGCGGUCCUAGGGGAGUCUGGCAGCGACAAGAUCGAUACAGCAUCAAUCCAGAAUGCCUGCACAAGCCGAGCCAAGACUAUGAUUCCCAUGCGAGAUUCAGCUGCACUCAACGCGCUCAAACCAGACUUUUCACGAAUGCAAGCACUAUGCGAGAAGCUCGGUUCUACAGGACUGUACCCAUAUGCCCUGCACAGCGACGACAGCGGCGAUGAAUCCACUAGAAAUGGCUCUUUGAUCGUGCAUGCUCGUCAGUUUCCCAAAGCCUCUGGAUACCCUGAGGACGCAGCAACGGGCAUUGCCGCCGCGGCUUUGAGCUUUGCUCUUUUGGAGAAUAAGGUGCUGGGGGGAGAUAGGUCCGUGAUCGUGAGGCAGGGAGAGGCAAUGGGGUGUCCGUCAGAGAUACGUGUCAGAAUUGAAUCCGGCAGUGAGGAAGCAGUGUGUUGGAUCGGGGGCACCGUUAGACAUGUCAAGCGGUUGGAGACAAGUGAGUAA